AUGUCCGUCUCCCAUUCCCCAAGACCACUACUGCCGUAUCAGCCCUUCCAAUGUGCCGUCUGUCAUAGUCGGUUUACCCGGCACGAGAAUCUAAAGCGACAUGCAGCCCUGCAUUCUCGGUCUCCGGGUCAGGCCUUGCUUCCCUGUGACUAUUGCAAGACGACGUUCUCUCGGCCUGAUCUACGCCAUCGCCAUAUUAAGAGGAAACACCCGGAGCAUGAACUGAGACGAUCCACAAAACAUGCGAGACAUUUACGUGAUCAUCGUGCCAAUGACAACAGCAAUAACAGAGAGAAAACAGGUCCUUCUGCAAAUAGGCCUGCAAUCAACGACGCGAUUGGUCCUGGAGAGAUUGUGCCAGAUGUACCCGAGCUUGAUUGGGACAUCCUGCUCGGUGCAUCAUUGCUGGCGCCUGCGCUUCAAAAUCAAAAGACCGAUUCCCCGUCGCCUUUAUCCAACGUGGGUCCGACAAGCUUCCUCUUUGAUGCGGAUCUGGCCGAUGAAUCACUACCGCAUGAUCUGACACGAGUAGAGGACAAUUGGUCCCCCUCAGCUGUACAAAUAACACAGGGAUGCGACCUCUUCUUCACUCACGUUUCAUAUUUCAUCCCUUUCGUUCACAAACCCACUUUCGAGGCAACACAACAGCCCCCCCACCUGAUACUCAGUAUUCUGUGUCUGGCCUAUCAGCACGGAGAGGAUCCUGAAUGCAGCAAUCAGGUGGGGUCCGGCGCGAUAUUGUCCACCCGCUGCUUCAACCAAGCUCGUUCUAUUAUCGCUUUCGACGACAAUAUGCUGGAUGAUCCAACACAAAGCCUUGCAAUAGUUCAGUCAUAUCUUCUACUUCAAAUCUGCGCGAUGAUGUAUAUGUGCGGCGAUCACUCCGCCGAUGGUUUGAAAAUGCAUUCCAAUAUGAUCUCUCUCGCUCGAUCAGCAGGACUUAUGCAACCCUUCGCUGCCUCAUCACUUACCACCGAAGACCUCAAUUCCUUAUGGCACGAAUUUAUCCAGGGCGAGACCCGCAAACGAACCCUUUUCACCGUCCACCAGAUCGACGCCCUCUGGUAUCAAUUGCUCUCCAUCCCGCGGUCAAUCUCCCACCUAGAAAUCAAACACGACCUUCCCUGCCCCGAGGACCACUGGACUGCGUCAUCGAGCGCGGAAUGGGCGCACCGUCAGCUUAUAUCGCGAUACCAUCCAGGAAGCUCAGUCCAGUACGCCGACGCUGUCAGGCGGUUCCUCUCCCCGGACGGAGACCUCGCUUCCAUCCCGCGCUUCGAUCCCUUCGGCGCUAUCAACAUCGCCCACUUCCUUAUCUCGAGUGCACGCGAAAUCUCCGGCUGGUCAACCAUGACGGGAAUGCUGAGCAUGGAGCGAUUUGGAGCGUUGCGGAACUCCCUCAUGGCACUAUCUCCGUUUCUUUGCCAGCGGGGGCAUGAGGAUGAACCCACCGCGACAACGACAGCUACAACCCCAGCCGCUGCCUCCUACGCAGCAGUCUGGGAAAGCGCCAUGCUCGAGCUACAAAUGUGGUCUCCCCUGCAUACAGGCGGCGUGGUCGGAGCCAGCAUCGAUGCUUGGUUGAGUCAGUCGACGCAGAUGGCGCUUUCAUCUUGCGAGGUUCUCUGUGAAGUUGAUACUGCGCAGGCAAUUCAGCCGCAUGUUGACUGGUUCCUGAGGUACCUUGAUACGAUGCCGGCGCCGGAAUCAGAGGCACCGUGGAUCACACUGCAUGCGUACAGGGCGUUUCUGAUUGCCUGGCAGUUGGUGAGAAACGGGGUACCUGGGGCAAUGCAGGUUGUUGGAGUCGAGGAUGGGCAUGAGCAGGGUGCGUUGGAAUGGGCGAGAAAGGUCUUUCGAGGGAAAGAGAGAUGGCAGAUUGGAAGGCUUAUUGCCGCCUGCUUGGAUGGAUUAAGGAUAUAA